UUACAAAUCACAUGACUCACACUAUCGCUUGACCCGAUCUCGUUAGACCCGAUAUUAGCUAAUCCCACACAAAUCGACAAUUCGCGAUAUUCCUCGUCGAAAUUGCUCUCAGCGACGGCACGAUACUCAGCAACUUCACGACAACCUUGAAAUCGCCAAGAUGGUCAACAUCCCAAAGACCAGACGCACCUACUGCAAGGGUAAGGAGUGCAAGAAGCACACCCAGCACAAGGUUACCCAAUACAAGGCAGGAAAGGCCUCGCUCUUCGCACAGGGAAAGCGUCGUUACGACAGGAAGCAGUCCGGUUACGGAGGACAGACCAAGCCCGUUUUCCACAAGAAGGCCAAGACCACCAAGAAGGUUGUGCUUCGUCUCGAGUGCACAAGCUGCAAGACCAAGGCGCAAUUGUCGUUGAAGCGCUGCAAGCACUUCGAGCUGGGUGGUGACAAGAAGACUAAGGGCCAGGCUUUGGUGUUCUAAAUGCUUAUUGCUUUUGUGGGCAUGGAAGCGUGUCGGUGUUCUUGCAUGGGCGGGCGAUGGGGCAACUGGACGGAAAUGUCGCAGCUGGGUCGGACCGCGGCACUUUGAGGCAUUGC